UGGAACUUUGAAAAAAAAAAAUGUACCUGACUUUACAAUAUUCAAAUUUUCUUGGGCAGUUAGAUAAAUAUGAAAACACCAGACUGGUUCCGUGGUUCUCUCGGGUAUUUUCUGGAGUUGUGGUAACUGGUAGCAAGAGUGCUCGCUCUGAUUAAGCUCUUUGUAAAGCAUGGACACACAGAAAAGCCAACCUGAAACACAUUCAACUGCACCAUCAGCUACGUCAUGUCGAAAGAAGAAGAGCGAAGAAGCAACAUUCUUGCAGGAUGUGAAGGAUCACAUUGACGAGUUCAUUCAUGCUUCGAUGGAAGAACACAAAACUUGCUUUCAGAAAACAGUUCAGAAGAUGUUUGGCUUAUCCAAGGUUGUUGCGGAAAGGAACGCUGAUGCUACCAAAGAAGUUGAAAGCUCUCUGCCUCUUCAGACAAUCGUACAAGAUUAGAUUUGUUGCUUUUAAUCCAGUAUGUUCUGACUGAGUCAUGUGGUAACAUAUUCCAGAUAUUUAAUUACACAUUUACACUCUCUUGAAAUUUAAUCUCAAUAAAUAGUAGAGAGGAUAAUACAAAGGAUAAUACAGUUGCACAGCUUUAUCUUUUCUUCUGAAUUACCAUUUUAUAUAAAUUUAUUGUUCUAAAUAAGGUAUUUAUCAUUUUGGCUA